CGAAUUCGACACAUUUCAAUCUGAAACCUCAAAUCUGUUAUCUAUCAUCAUCAUCUUCUUCCAUUCCUUUCUUCUGAAAACCUCUCCAUUUCCUUUCCUCAAUUUAGCUUUACCUUUUUUUUUUUUUUUGGCUUUUAAAUUAAUUUCUCAUUUCCUAUUUAUUUAUUUCCUUGUUUUUAAGCUGCUGCGAUAAUUCAUCAUUUCAUUCACAAUUUAGAAUUUCGAGGUUUUCCCAACCCUCUAUUGAGAUUUCCUUCUACGAUCUCGACUCAUUCCAUUCAUGGCGGCGGGGACAAUGGCGACCGCCGCCGGAGCGGUGGUGUUGUUGUACUUUGUGUUGAGUCGGAGACUGGCGGCGAAGGGAGGAGGGGAUGAUGGCGAUCAGAGCGGGGAUUUGUCCAAAUCGAGAUCGGGGAGAAGGAGAAUCGUUCGCCGGCCAGCGCAAGCACCGGCGACAUGGCUUGAGACAAUAACUACGCUUUCUGAGACGCUUAGGUUCACGUAUUCUGAGACUUUAGGGAAAUGGCCAAUUGGUGAUUUGGCUUUUGGUAUCAACUAUCUCUUGCGGAGGCAGGGUAAUUUACAAGUCGCAAGUGUAUAUGCUGGUAAUAACUGUGUAGAGCUAAAAGGCCCUGAAAUUAUAGCAGAGUUGAAAAGGCUGUUGAGAUUGCUAACCCUUUGCAUGUUCUUCUCCAAGAAGCCCUUUCCGGUGUUUUUGGAGUCCGCCGGAUACUCUCUGGAGGACGUCCUUCUUCAGAAGCCUAAAGCAGGGCUUCUGCAGCCAGCUUUCACAGUUAUUCGUGAUAAAGGUUCAAAAUGUUUCCUUUUAUUAAUUCGUGGUACUCAUAGCAUAAAAGAUACUCUGACAGCAGCGACUGGGGCUGUGGUUCCCUUUCACCAUUCGGUUCUACAUGAUGGUGGGAUUAGCAAUUUAAUUUUAGGAUAUGCACACUGUGGAAUGGUUGCUGCAGCUCGGUGGAUUGCUAAGCUCAGUACUCCAUGCCUGCUUAAGGCGCUCAGUGAUUAUCCUGACCAUGAAGUUAAGAUUGUUGGGCAUUCACUUGGUGGGGGUACUGCUGCAUUAUUAACAUAUAUUCUUCGGGAACAGAAGGAGUUCUCUUCUAGCACUUGUGUCACAUUUGCCCCAGCUGCUUGUAUGACAUGGGAAUUGGCAGAAUCAGGGAAGCACUUCAUUACAACCGUUGUCAAUGGAUCUGACCUGGUGCCUACAUUUUCAGCUGCUUCUGUUGAUGACCUUCGCUCUGAGGUUACAGCAUCUUCUUGGUUAAAUGAUCUGCGGGAUCAGGUUGAGCACACUAGAGUCUUAAAUGUUGUCUAUCGCUCUGCAACUGCUCUGGGAUCUCGUCUGCCAUCUAUAGCUAGUGCCAAAGCCAGAGUUGCUGGUGCAGGGGCGCUUCUGCGGCCUGUUUCUAGUAGCACUCAGGUUGUAAUGAAGCGGGCACAAAAUGUUGCCCAAGCUGUUGUCAGAACACGUUCAUCUCUAUCAUCAUGGUCAUGCAUAGGGCCACGGCGUCGCGCUGUAGCUUCACCAAAAAACUCUAUGGUGGAAGAUCUGCCAGAAGCUUCUGUAGUAUCUGAAAGUUCUGAAACUCUUUUGUCCGAAGUGCAAACAGACUCGGUGCAGGAGAAACUAGAAUGUAAUUCAAGUGGUGGAUCAGGGCAUGAUGAUACUGAGGAAGAUGAACCACUUAUUUCUCAUGAUAGAGUAAUUAGUUCAUCUAACAUUGAGGAUGUUACUGAAGGUGAGUUAUGGUAUGAACUGGAGAAGGAGCUGCAGCGGCAAGAGAAUGAAGUGGAUAUUCGGGCUCAGGAAGAGGAAGCAGCUGCAGCAAAAGAAAUUACUGAGGAAGAGAAUGUUCUGGCCAAUGCUGCUGAAUCCAAGAACCCCAUAACUCCGGCAGAUGUUCUAGACAACCACCAGUUUUAUCCGCCUGGUAGAAUAAUGCAUAUUGUUUCCACGCCUUCAUCUGAUACUGCUAAUUUAAAUAACGAUGAACCCACCGAAGAACGUGCGGGUAUAUACGAGACACCUAGAGAACUGUACAGUAAGAUCCGCCUUUCAAGAACUAUGAUUAAUGAUCAUUACAUGCCUAUGUAUAAGAAGAUGAUGGAAUUGUUAAUCAAAGAACUGGAAAACCAUGAGGAUUGUAAUUGUACCAUGUUAGAAAAUUAGAUAUAGAAGGAAAAUGAAAAAAAAAAAAAAAAAGAAGGAUAUAUUGCAUAUUCAAUGUUAGCAAAUUAUCAGUAAAUUGGCUACAAAUUAAAUAGAAAAUCCAGUGGAAGUUCACUAGAA